ACACACAGUUGUGGAUGGGAACCCACAGCAAGGCGCCGUCACAGGUCGUGCUGCCUGGAGGAGAAGUGCAGGACCUUCGUACCCUCCUGCAAGCCAACCCGGACCUCAUGGGCUCUGCAAAGAGUGCAGAAGGCCAGCUUCCAUAUCUAUUCAAGGUCCUCUCUGUCAACAAAACACUCUCCAUUCAGGCACACCCGGACAAGGCGCUCGCUGAGAAGCUGCGGCAGCAAGAUCCCGAACAUUACCUGGACGACAACCACAAACCGGAAAUGGCAAUCGCACUCACGCCCUUUGAGGGCAUGUGCGGGUUCCGCCCCCUGGCGGAGGUGGCCGCGUUCCUGUCGUCGUAUCCGGAGUUCCAUGCGCUUGUUGGCGACGCCGCCGCUGCCUGUCUGCACGCUGCCGUCGGAAAACCGCAGCCGGAGCAACACGAUGCGCUCAAGAAGUGCUUCUCUGCACUGAUGCACGCGGACCCCAAGAUGGUCGAGGCCAAAGCUGCGGAGCUUCAGGCGCGGCUCGAGGCCAAGGCUGACAAGCAGCUUGUGGACAACUUUGUGCUGCGUGUGCACUCUCAAUUCCCGGGCGAUGUUGGCUGCUUCUGCCUGUUCAUGCUGAACAUUGUGCAGCUUCAACCUGGACAGGCCAUCUUCCUCGGGCCAAACCUACCCCACGCGUACAUGGCUGGGGACUGCAUUGAGUGCAUGGCUGCAAGCGACAACGUCGUGCGGGCCGGGUGCACAGGUAAGUUCAAGGACGUCGACAACCUGGUCAACAUGCUCACAUAUGAGACGGGCACCGCACAGGAACAGGGCGGGUCGUUGGCCGCACCGCGCGGGUCGACAUUCUUCAUCGCCGCUGACGCCGCCGCCACCGUCGAGGCAAAGGCAGACACAACCCUCUUCCGCGCUUACUGCUGA